AUGGCAGAUGUUACUCAUUAUCGAAGUGUAGUAAGGGCACUUCAGUAUGUUACCUUGACAAGACCUGAUAUUGCCUUUGUUGUCGAUAAGGCAUGCCAAUUUAUGCAACAACCAACCAUAGCUCACUGGCUCUCAAUUAAACGAAUACUUCGGUAUCUAAGAGGAACAAUGCAAGAUGGGCUCCUGUUAAGUCCUUCAAGUAACUUGACAAUAAAGGAAUUCACAAAUGCAGAUUGGGGUGCUCACCUUGAUGAUAGGCGCAACUCAAGUGGAUAUCUCAUUUAUCUAGGAGGUAACUUAGUCUCUUGGUCCUCUACCAAACAAAAAGUAGUGUCUCGCAGCAGUGCAAAGUCUGAGUAUCGUGGCCUUGUUUUCGAUACCGCUGAGAUUCUACGUGGAUCAUUAGGACGCAAGGCCUCAACAUUGGUGCCGUCUCGUGGGAAGUUUGCUGAUUCAAUCACCGGCAAAGAUGGCCAAACCUUUUAG